AUGCUUAAAGAGAAUUAUAAUUACAAUACAAGGGAGCCUGUUGCCAGGAUCAGGUCAGACUGGGACACAGAGCAGACCCUGCACUACACUCUGCUGGGUCCCGGGGCCAGUAAAGAACCAGUGAACCUGUUUGUUGUGGUUGAGGACACUGGACUUGUGUAUGUCCGAGGAACACUGGACCGAGAGGAGAGGGAAACCUACAUUCUGACAGGAGUGGCCAGAUUUAAUAACGGCACUGUGGCUGAAGACAGAAUAGACCUGAGAUUUGAUGUGGAGGAUGAGAAUGAUAAUCCACCUGUUUUUGUCCCUGUACCUCCAGCUACAGUUAAAGAGGCCAGUCCAGCAGGGACUAUGGUUGGUAGGAUUACAGCUACAGAUGCAGACAAGGCCAACUGUUCCCAUUCAAAGAUCGCCUACAGCCUUGUGAAGCAGGAGUCCUCUGAUGGCCGAAACGUCUUCUACAUAGACAGAGAAACUGGAUCCAUCUACGUCAAAGAAAACACCUUAGACAGAGAGACGCAAAGCUCCUACACUUUAACAGUUGAAGGAACUGAUCUGGACGGCGCUCCUGGAGGCAACACAGGCACUGGGACAAUUCAUGUCAAAGUAGUGGACAUCAAUGAUAAUGUACCCGAGCUGGAAAAAGAUGAGUAUACAGGCAGCAUCGUGGAGAACACAGCCUAUGUGGAGGUCAUGAGAUUCAAAGUGCUGGAUGAUGAUGAGGAGAAAAGUGACAACUGGCUGGCUGUUUUUGAUAUUGUCACUGGAAAUGAAGAUGGAAUAUUCAGCAUAGAGACUGAUCCCAAAACCAACGAAGGUGUUCUGAUGCUUGAAAAGCCUGUUGAUUUUGAGGAAAAUCCUGAUAUAAAGCUCGGAGUGGUAGUAUCCAAUGUUGCCCCAGCUAUAGGAGAUGGAGACGAUGAUGGCGAUGGUCAAGGAGGAGGAGGAGGAGCAGGAGGUGGUGGUGGAGGAGGAGGAGGAGGAGGAGGCGGAGCAGGAGUAGGUGGAGGUGGAGGUGGUGGAGCAGGAAGGCCAAUCAAAGGCAAACUUUACCCAGUGAACAUCGCAGUGCUGAAUGAACCUGAGGGGGUCGUGUUUAAACCCCAAGUAAAGCCUGUCUCUGUUUCGGAGAACCCAGAGGAAAAUCCAUUGAUGGAAGUGAUCACUGUCUUCGCAGCUACUGACCCUGACACCGGAAAGCCUGCAGAAAAUGUUCGAUAUGCUAAAGGCUAUGAUCCUGACAACUGGCUAUUGAUUGACCCAGAAACAGCAGAGAUUAGACUUCAAAAGUUCCCCGACAGAGAGUCCCCAUUCUUGGUUAAUGGAACUUACUACGCUAAAAUACUGAGUCUGACUCAGGAUGUGCCCACUAAGAUCGUCACUGGAACAAUAGCAUUGCAGGUGGGAGAUGUAAAUGACAACUGCCCCACACUGACCAACCACGUGGAGUACAUCUGCUCAGACACUGAGGUGAUUAAUGUUACAGCAGUGGAUGAAGAUGGAGAUCCAAAUUCAGCCCCUUUCACCUUCCUCCUUGUGGAAGAGGAGAGCCAGGAAGAGUGGAGGGUUGAACCUUUAAAUGGUACCAGUGCAUCCCUCAGGGCUUUGAAACUUCUUUGGGCUGGUCACUACCAGGUCGCUUUCAUCAUCCAGGACCAGCAGGGUCUCACCUGCCCAGACCCUCAGUACCUGGACCUAUAUGUGUGCUCCUGUGAGAAAGGAGAGACCUGCAGACCAGUAGGUAUAGAUGGUCAAGCAGCUCCUCUCCAGGAAUCCUCAACUACAUUUGCAGGACUGGGAGUGGGGGCACUGAUCCUGGGACUUCUGAUGCUGCUUGCCGUAGGUUUAUUACUAAUGACCUGCUCAUGUAGAGGAGUGUCGGGGAGCUUCUCUGAACUUCCUUUUGAAACCCGAGAACACUUGAUGGUCUAUCAUAUGGAGGGCCGAGGCGAGAACAAGGAGAUCCCUCUGCUUAGCUCUCCAGUCCAGAUGACAUCUGCUGCUGUAUCUAAUGUACAGGCCAGCAGAGUGGCUUCCAACACCAAAGCAAACACAGCAACUACCUUUGGGACUCUUGAGAUGGGCAUUGCCAACAAAAUGUACAAGUCUGGGUACGGUGCUGAUAGAUGGAUGUGGGAGAGCAGCUUUGGAGAGUCCAGAGGGAGCCAGAGAGAGACAUACUCAAUGAAGGAACAACUGUUAGAGUAUGACAGCAUGGAUGACAUUGCCCUCUCUGAUGUGUUUCUGCAUCAGUACUACUCUCAGAAAGCGAGCUGUGCAGCAGAGAAGCAAGCAGCAAGAGAUUGUGUGCUUGAGUAUGACUAUGAAGGCCAGGGCUCUCCUGCUGGCUCAGUGGGCUGCUGCAGCAUCCUGGAGUCUGACGACGACCUGCACUUUCUCGAUGACCUCGAGCUAAAGUUCAAGAAGCUGGCUGACAUCUGUUCUCCUCCUCGACCUCCGACACCUCAAAGUUUUAUCGCACCAGAGGUGGAUAAAGUUGACCACAUUGCUGUGCCCUUAUUGGAGAGUAAACCACCCAGCAUCCAAGGCAAGAUCCAAGAGCAAACCCAAAAUGUCAGCAGCAUCAGCAAGUCAUCCACUGGUGUCAUGGGCUUAAGCAGAAAAUCCUCCAGCAGCAUGCAUGGGAUAAAUACCACCAGUGUCACAGGCUUUAAUAGAUCAGCUUCCGGGAGCAUGCAUGGGCAGUUUUCACACUGUACCAGCAGCAUGCCUCAUUUAACCCAUAUUAGUCCUGUUACCACAGUCAUGCUGCCCUCUACGGCUCAGAUGCUUGUACUACAGCAGCAGCCAGUCUACUACACCACCACCCCUAUGAUGCAGCCAAUGCAUUACAUAGUCCAACCACAACUUCAGAACACAGUGCUUCUGGCUGAUGGGCCUGUCAGCAACCUGCAGGGCAUGAUUCUGCACAGGGGAAACACUACUGGGACUUUCAGUAUUGGUAGAGGAAGAGGCAACAAAGUGAUGGAGGACAAACAGGGAGUAAAGACAUGGACAUUUUCUCAUGGCCCAGGAACGGUGAUGGGUGUCAGGAAGAGUGGUCGAAAGAUCAAGUCAGAGAGUGGAGCUGAGACAUGUCAGUGUAGUACAGGGACGCGGAUAAGUCGACCCAUCAGUUUGGGAGCAGUAGAGUUUGAAGAGGAACAGCUAGUUUUCACACAGGAAGGAGACGAGAGAAGAAUGUCGACAGCAUCAGCAGAGGCGGUUUUCAUGUAUGAGAAUUAA